AUUAGCUCCUAAUUUAUUCGGUUUAAAUACACUUCACUUCUCUCCAUUUGGCCACUAAUAGUAAUUAACAAACAUUGAUCACCUUCUUGUGUAAAAAGCGAGGAACAUAUCCUUAACAUUGCCAUGAAAUUCUGGAAGAUCUUGAAGAAGUUGAUCGAGCAGACCCUGCCCGAAUGGCGUGACAAGUUCUUGUCUUACAAAAUCUUGAAGAAACAAUUGAAGGUUAUGUGUCCCAAAGAUGCUCAAACUCCUCUCGGGUUGGACGUUGACCAGGUCAACCACUUUCUUUACCUAUUGGAGGUCGAAAUUGAUAAGUUCAAUGUUUUCUUUGUUAACAAGGAAGAGGAAUACGUCAUCAAAUGGAAGGAGUUGCAAGACAGGGUUGGCAGAGCCAUGGAUUAUUCAGAUGUGGAGUUGAUGUCAUUAGGAAGAGAAAUAGUGGAUUUUCAUGGAGAGAUGGUUUUGUUAAUGAACUAUAGUGCACUUAACUACACAGGUCUAGUGAAGAUAAUAAAGAAACAUGAUAAGCGAACCGGUGCACUACUCCGCUUGCCUUUUAUCCAAGAAGUGCUGAACCAACCCUUUUUCGAAACUGAUGUGCUUAAUGUCCUCGUUAAGGAGUGUGAGAUGAUACUAAGCAUUCUUUUCACCAAGAAUGAUGGAGCUUCUUGUCCAAGCUCAUCAACUAGUGAGGAACAAGGGUGUGGCUCCAAGUCCAAUAUGAUUGUUGAUGAAAAUAAAGAGAAGCUGAUGCAUGUUCCUAAAGAACUUUCUGAAAUUGAAAAUAUGGAGAAUGCAUUCAUCAAGCUAACUUUAUCAGCAUUGCAAACAUUAGAAGAAAUUCGAGGUCGAAGCUCGACGCUCAAAUGCAAAGAGUAAAAUAUCAGGUGAAGCUUGUGGAGACAAAAGGAAAAAGUAGCAUGUGAUGGAUCCUGUAUCUGAAGCUACUCAGUUUACUGAUAAAGUAUAUAUAUGUAAUGUUGUUCUUAGUAGUCCUUAGAAGUAAAUUAAUGUUCUGCCAUUUUAUGAAGUAUGUAAUAAUGAAUUAAUAUUUGAUAUAUGAAUUGAACUAAAAAGCAAUACAUUAAAACAUUUAUGUUU